UAUAAUAAAAAUUGACAGCUAAAGAAAAUUGGAACUGGAAAUUGAAAAUGAUUUUGACAUUGACAAGAAAAACUGAAAUGUUUAUUUAUAUUUCAGUUACAGACUGGUUCUAAAGUAGUAUGUAAUUAUUUACGUUUCAGUUCCAAAAUUUUCUUCAAAAAUUUGCUGUAAUUUAUACGAAAGGAGUGAAAAAAUCAACUGAGAGUUAAUUCAGACUAAUUUAUAUUUAUCAUAAAUAUUUAAACUUAAAUGGCUGCUCCUGUUGUGCCUAAUAAGUUUAUUCUUGAAGAAAUCAAUUAUUUCCCAUCAGUGACAAACGGAAGAUUAAAUUUUAUAGAAUUUAUAAAAGCAUCAUCGGAUCUUUUAAUUUUAAUUGAUCGGCUUGGAAAAAUAUUUACUCCAGUAAAGCAUGACAUACAAGGAAAUAUUGAUAAAAUAAAAAAAUAUUACAAAUAUGAUGAGAACUCCUGUUUGCUUGAAUUAAUGCUUGAAGAGGUAAAAAAUGGGAAACCUAUGGGAGCAGAAGGUGUUCUAUGGCUUAACAGGGCUUUAUUAUUUUUUGAGCUGACUUUUCAUGGAAUCUUGGCUAACUUAAAAACAGAGCCGAAUGAAGUUAACAUGAAGAAAGUAUAUAUAUCAGCUUAUGAAGGUUCUGUUAAGAAAUAUCAUGGUUGGGUGACACAACAACUCUUUAAUACAAUGUGCAAGAUGGCGCCGACAUUGCCGCAAAUUUUAAAAUCAUUCGAAAUUGAAAAUAAUAUUAACGCCUUUGAGUCAAGAUUGUCCAAUUUUAAUGAAGCCUUACAUUUAGUAAGAUGGGAAAUUGACAAGUUUUUUGAAAAUAAUAAUUUAUUUACAAAUAAUUUUGUUCCAUAAUACAAAGUAUUACACCAAAAAAUUAUGUGAUUAGGAAAAUAAUUUGCCUAAGAUUCUACCAUAGGUGCUGUGUUUAAUUACUUAAGGGGGCUACUAAAGUAUUAAAAAUUGUCAAGUAUUUAUUAGCUAUAUAGAAAUUAUAAUUUUAUAUUCAUGUAUAAAAACACAUAAGAAAAUCAAAAUUCUACUCCAAAAUUAGCAAUUAGUACGUUAAGAUUAUAUUGAUAAUGUCCCUAAUAAGUUUAUACUAUUAAAAUUCAUUAAAAAGCCUUAAUUACAUGUUGGAACACAUCACAAAAUGAAACUUGAAGUACUAAAUUACAAAAAAAUAUAUUUUACCAUGAAAUUAUAUUUGAUACUGGCACAUUAGACUAAGUUACCGACCCUAGAUAUGAGGUGCUCUGAUAAAAUAUUGUUAGUCUAUGUCCAUGUUUAGAAUAUGUAAUACAAACCACAGAUAUAUAUAAAUAGAUAGCACUAUUUUUUAUGUGACAAUAACAUGUUCAGUGACCGUGUCAAUUGUUUUGUUUUUAAUUUGCAAAUGUGUAGUUUAUAGUCCACAUAAAACCGACUACAGUUUUAGCAAUUUAAA